AUGUUCCUAGUUAACUACAUGGGACAAGAAGUUAUAGAUCACAAUAAUCAUGUGUUCCUCACUGCAUAUAAUGUUCGCUGGUACAUAGCACCGCUAAGUAUACAGAAGUUGAUACUAUUGCUAUUACAAAGAGGCAAUAAGCCAUUCUUCUUGAAUAUUAGUGGACUGUUUGUAUUAUCUAUAGAACUCUUCUCCACGUGGAUCAGCGCGUCGUUGUCUUACUUUACCGUUAUAUACUCCACGCAGAUUGAGAGGAAAUAA